GUGCUAUCGGGAGCCAGACUUCUUCAGUACCACAUUCAUCAUACUGUUGACAGGUGCCAUCCUUCUCCAAAAUGGCAGCUCCGUCUGCAUUUUCCCGCCUAAAUUUUCUCCCCAAACCUUCUAUUUUCAGAGCAAUAAUCAAUUUUCAAAGAACCCAGCUUACACCGAAAUGGUCACUUCCCGGUUCUUCGCUCAAUAAUUCCUCUUCCCGUAUAGCCCGCCUUUCCUCCUCAUCACCUUCCCAUUUGACCUCCCACGACGUUUCAAAGCACGACGGCGAUUUAGUCGUUCUGGGUAUUGAAACUAGCUGCGACGACACUGCCGCCGCCGUUGUGAGGAGCAAUGGUGAAAUCCUGAGCCAGGUGAUAUCUUCUCAGGCUGAUCUGCUUGUAAAAUAUGGAGGUGUUGCUCCAAAAAUGGCAGAAGAAGCUCACUCAGAAGUAAUUGAUCAGGUUGUCCAAGAAGCUCUUGAUAGGGCUCAUUUGGUUGAAAAGGAUCUCUCUGCAGUUGCUGUUACUAUUGGUCCUGGUUUAAGUCUCUGCCUUCGUGUGGGCGUGCAAAAAGCAAGGAGAGUUGCUGGAGCCUUUAAUUUGCCAAUUAUUGGCAUACAUCACAUGGAAGCUCAUGCUCUAGUGGCCAGGUUAAUUGAGCGAGAUUUGCAGUUUCCAUUCAUGGCCCUACUCAUUUCUGGAGGGCACAAUCUACUCAUACUUGCUCGUGAUCUUGGUCAAUACAUACAACUUGGUACUACCAUAGAUGAUGCUAUUGGGGAGGCAUAUGACAAAAUAGCUAAAUGGCUGGGACUUGAUAUGAGGAGGAGUGGUGGUCCUGCUCUAGAGGAGCUUGCCCGUGAGGGUAAUGCAGAAUCAGUUAGUUUUUCUGUUCCAAUGAAGCAUCACAAAGAUUGCAACUUCUCAUACGCUGGCCUGAAAACCCAAGUGAGGCUAGCGAUUGAAUCUAAAAAAAUUGAUGCUAAAAUUCCCAUUUCUUCUGCAAGUAAUGAGGACCGAGUUUCUAGAGCUGAUAUUGCUGCUUCCUUUCAGCGGGUUGCAGUAUUACAUCUUGAGGAAAGAUGUGAACGAGCAAUACAAUGGGCGUUGAAGAUGGAGCCUUCUUUAAAAUACUUGGUAGUCUCAGGAGGUGUUGCAUCAAAUCAAUAUGUUAGGUCUCGGCUUGAUAUGGUUGUAAAGAAGAAUGGCCUACAACUAGUAUGCCCUCCUCCCGGCCUUUGUACUGACAAUGGGGUAAUGGUUGCUUGGACUGGCAUUGAGCACUUUCGCAUGGGAAGAUAUGACCCUCCUCCUCCUCCACAAGAACCUGAAGACUUUGUGUAUGAUGUACGCCCACGGUGGCCAUUAGGGGAAGAGUAUGCAGAAGGAAGAAGUGAAGCUCCCUCUGUAAAGAGAGCCCGUGUUCAUCCAUCUCUGACAUCUUUGAUACAAGCAACGUCACAAUAAUAAUCAUUACAUCAGCAUCUAUUGUGCUUCUCUCCUCUUUGUGAAAGAAAAAUUAUAGAAUCAUUCAGAUUUGGAAAGAUAGUGAGACCUAGUCAUUGGAAUGGAUCUAGGACUGAGUUAGUGAGACCAAACAUGAAAAUAUUAACUUGCUUAUAAAACUAAAUAUGGGUCUCAGUAAGUUUGAGAAAUGAGUUGCAUUAUUUGUAAUUUAUGAAUAGUGUUGUAUUAUAGAUAUUGAGUUGAUAUAUUGAUUUUAGUUUGAAAAAGUGUAUAUGUAACAACGUUUUGUUAUCUAUUGAAGUUAAAGUUCUUUUCUGCUAUAGAAUUUA